AUGCAAAAAGUGUAUAAUGCAGUAUAUGUUUGUAGAGGGUUUCCUGUGGUUUCUUGGAAAUCUGUAUUUUCUCGAAAAUUAUUCAUUUAUUUGCCGUUUAUUAAGAUGUCUUCUCAAAAUCCUUUAUCUACAUGUUUAACUCAAGAAAAAAUGAAUACUACUUUUGAUAAUAAAGAUUCAAAAGCGGCUAUUACCUCGAGAAAAUAUCGUUAUUGGAGUUACUUAGAUAUUAAAGAUAGUGAAGGCAAUCCUCGAGCUAAAGUAUAUUAUGUUUUCAAAUUAUCUGAAGUAAAAAACGCGGUUUCGCUUCUUAAAGGGCCAUAUCUUGGGUUCGAUAUGGAAUGGAAGCCGUAUGGUAGUUCUAAGGUUGCUAUUAUUCAGUUAAGUGAUGCAAAUUCUAUCGUAUUAUUUCAUUUGUCUUUGAUGGGUUUAGAAGGAACAUUUCCAGAGGCCCUUAAACAUCUCUUAGAGGACCCAUCUUAUAUAAAAUGUGGUGUUGGUGUAAGAAAUGAUGGUUAUAAAUUGUUUAAGGACUAUGGUAUUAUUGGAUCUGGAUUUUUGGAAUUAAGUCAAUUGGCAAUAGCUGUUGAUAGUAAUAAAUGGGAUUCAAAUACUCGUCUUAUAGGUCUUACAAAAUUGGCAGAGCAGUAUCUUGGAAAACCUCUUUUUAAAGGAAAUGUAAGAUUUAGUAAUUGGGAUGAAGAGUUAAUUUUCAAACAAAUGCAUUAUGCAGCAACAGAUUGCUUUGCUGGGCUUAUGAUAUUUGAAAAACUCAAUUAUUUAAGAGAAACUUCCACUAAUCCUUUAAGAAUUCCGGAGCCAAUUGACAUGCAUUUAGACCCUUCUGUGAUUGAUGAUAUCCAAAAGAAAGAAGAAAACGGAAUAUUGCAAUCUAAAGUUGAUAAAGAUUAUGAAAAUUUUGGUUGA